AAACUAUUUUCAAUUGCAGAAGAACCCGGAAGAAGUGAGAAAAUAUAAGGGUCGGCUUUUCUGAAACUACCCUCUUUCCCUCUCUUUCUCCCUCUUCUUCUUUGUCGAUUUUUCUCUCCCUCUAAAACCCCCAAAACCCUAGUUGGUCUGCUCUUCACUUUCUCUAUCCACGAUGCACGCACCAGUACUUGUUCUCAAAGAUUCUUUGAAACGAGAGUCUGGAACUAAAGUUCACCAUGCAAACAUCCAGGCAUCUAAGGCAGUGGCUGAUAUCAUCCGAACAACUUUGGGUCCUCGAUCCAUGUUGAAGAUGCUACUAGAUGCUGCAGGAGGAAUUGUUGUAACGAAUGACGGAAAUUGUAUUCUGCGAGAACUAGAUUUGGCCCACCCAGCUGCUAAGUCUAUGAUUGAACUUAGUCGCACACAAGAUGAAGAAGUAGGGGAUGGGACUACGUCAGUGAUUGUUCUUGCUGGUGAGAUGCUUCAUGUGGCAGAAGCUUUUAUUGACAAGAGCUAUCAUCCUACAGUCAUUUGCCGAGCCUACAGUAAGGCCCUUGAGGAUUCUAUUGCAGUGCUUGAUAAGAUCGCUGUGCCCAUUGAUGUAAAUGACCGAGCGACAAUGCUGAAACUAGUCAAAAGUUGCAUCGGCACAAAAUUCACUGGCCAAUUUGGAGACCUCAUUGCUGACUUAGCCAUUGGUGCUACUACAACUAUUGGUGUGGAUCUCGGCCAAGGCAUAAAAGAAGUCGACAUUAAAAAGUACAUAAAAGUUGAAAAGAUUCCUGGUGGUCAGUUGGAAGACUCAAAAGUUCUUAAGGGAGUUAUGAUAAACAAAGAUGUGGUUUCUCCAGGCAAAAUGAAAAGAAAGAUACUAAACCCUCGCAUCAUUCUUCUGGAUUGCCCUCUUGAAUACAAGAAAGGGGAAAAUCAAACAAAUGCAGAGUUGUUGAAAGAAGAAGACUGGAGUGUCCUGCUGAAGAUGGAAGAAGAGUAUAUCGAGAGUCUCUGUGCUCAGAUAUUGAAGUUCCAGCCUGACCUAGUUAUCACAGAGAAAGGGCUCAGCGAUCUUGCGUGCCACUAUCUCAGCAAGGCUGGUGUUAGUGCCAUAAGGAGGCUAAGGAAGACUGACAAUAACAGGAUUGCCAAAGCUUGUGGAGCCGUGGUUGUAAAUCGGCCAGAUGAGCUACAAGAGUCAGAUGUUGGAACAGGAGCUGGGCUUUUCGAGGUCAAGAAGAUUGGGGACGAAUUCUUCGCCUUCAUCACUAAUUGCAAAGACCCAAAGGCUUGCACUGUUCUUGUAAGAGGUGCUAGCAAGGACCUUUUAAAUGAAGUUGAAAGGAAUUUACAGGAUGCCAUGUCUGUAGCACGAAAUAUAAUAAAGAACCCAAAGCUUGUUCCUGGUGGUGGGGCUUCUGAGCUAACUGUGUCUGCAACCUUGAAGCAGAAGAGUUCGUCCAUCGAAGGGAUUGAAAAGUGGCCAUAUGAAGCUGUUGCAGUUGCUUUCGAGGCUAUCCCCCGUACUCUGGCACAAAACUGUGGAGUAAAUGUAAUCCGGACGAUGACAGCUUUGCAAGGAAAGCAUGCAAAUGGUGAAAAUGCAUGGAUUGGCAUAGACGGAAACACAGGCACUAUCGUGGAUAUGAAAGAAAAAGGGAUUUGGGAUGCAUAUAAUGUGAAGGCUCAGACAUUUAAGACCGCCAUUGAGGCAGCUUGCAUGCUCUUGAGAAUAGAUGAUAUUGUUAGUGGUAUAAAGAAGAAACAAAGUGGAGGGGCAGGAUCAGCUCCUAAGCAGCCUCAAGUUGACCAAGAAGAUGAUGCAGAUGGUGAACAGAUUCUUCCUGAAUAAAUUUUAGAGAUGUUUGGUUUGGGUUGAAAUCGAAACAUCAAAGGUGGUAUCUUGUGACAAAAAACGUGUGCAUCCUAUUUCUUUUUCUUUUUUUUUGUGGAGAGGAUUAAAAGGGUCCUUUAAUGUAGAUGGUUAUGGAUCUUUUGAUGAUCCUAUUUAGUGGGUUGGUUAUAUUUAUGAGAGUUCAGUUCGUUUAAGUUGAACACACAAGUCGUCACGGUGGGUGAUAGAAAUGAGAUUUUGGCAGCUUGCUCCGUUUUAGUUGUA